CUCCCCGCCGCGCCGCGCCCCCCACCACCAACCCCUCGCUGCGUGCUAUCGCCUCGCCUGCGAAUCCGUCCCUGCCCCACUGCCAAAGUUGCAUGCCCCUGUGCCAGCCGAGAACGCGCGGCGCGUGAGGCGGCGGUGUCCCGGCGGCCGGCGGCGAUGGACCACGGUAGCAGCAGCGGCAGCUUGUUCGCGUCGGCGGUGGGCGUCGGCGUGGGCGUGGGAGUCGGCCUCGGCCUGGUGUCGGCGGGGCUCGGACCGUCGGCCCCCGGCGGGGGCGGGGCCUCGGGCGGCGGCGCGACGGCCGCGGUGGUGGAGGCGGAGCUCCGGCGGCUGGUCGUCGACGGGCACGAGGCCGGCGUCACCUUCGCCGACUUCCCGUACUACCUCAGCGAGGAAACACGGCUGGCGCUCACGACCGCGGCGUUCCCCUACCUGAGUCAGACGGCCCUGCCGAAGCACAUCCAAGUCCUCGACGACUCGAGCCGCACCAUACUGCUCUGCGGCCCAUCAGAGAUAUGCCUGCUGUCGCUUGCCAAGGCCGUCGCCCACCAGUUCAAUGCGCGUCUGCUUGCGCUGGAUGUCUUCGAGUUCUCGCGUCAGAUCAAGCACAAGUACGGCGCCCCGAGCGAUGCACAGGUUGAGGUUCCUAAAACAUCCAUAACCAACUCGACAUUCGGCAGAGUUUAUGGUUUUGUUGAAUCUUUAAACAUAUUUCGCAAGAAGGCUGAACCAACAGGAUCAUUGGAUCAUGAAACGGACAUUCUUGAUGUAAAUACGAGUAUUCGCUAUAAGAUCACAAAGCCAGUUGGGGUAUACAUAUCCUUAUUACCUUGUGCAAAGAACCAGGACACAGAUUCCGACGAAGAUCAUGAAAUAGUUGUUCCAGCCUUGAGUUUAGAUGAGAAAAUUAUCAUGCAAUCCCUUUACAAGGUUAUAGUUUCCGUUUCAGAAUGCAGUCCAGUUAUUCUCUAUGUAAAGGAAGUUAAUGAUCUCCUUGAUAGUUCACCGCAAGCAUAUUCUUUGUUCAAGAAAAUGUUGAACAAAUUAACUGGAAGAGUUUUAGUAAUUGGUUCGCACUUCAUUAGUGCUGAUCAAGAUAGUAGUGAUGUUGAUGAGGAUGUGACCGAACUAUUCCCAUACAUUCUAGAGACUAAGCCUCCCAAAGAAGAGGCUCAUCUUCAGACAUGGCAAACCCAAAUGGAAAAUGAUAUUGCAAAAGCUGCGAAUGAAGCCUUUGUAACCCACACUGAAGGAGUUCUGUCAGCAUACAAUCUGGAAUGUGGUGAUUUGAGUUCUAUCCCUCCUGAUGAUUAUUUAGCAAUUGGAAAAUACCUAAAGCAUAUUAUUGCUCCAGCAGUCUCUUACCAUUUGAUGAAUAACAUGGACCCUGAAUACAAAAACGGGAGGCUCAUUCUAUCUUCAACAAGCUUAUCUUAUGGAUUAAGAAUUUUUCAAGAGAGCAACCUUGGGAAAGGUACAGUGGAAACGAAAGUUGACUCAAAGGCCACUAAAGACAAUGAAUAUGAAAAGCGGAUUAGGGAAUCAUCAGUAAUACCUGCCAGUGAAACAGGAGUGACAUUUGAUGACAUCGGAGCACUAGCUGAUAUCAAAGAGUCAAUUCAGGAGCUUGUCAUGCUCCCACUUCAGCGGCCUGACCUCUUCAAUGAUGGUUUAUUGAAACCAUGUAGGGGAAUUCUAUUGUUUGGACCACCUGGAACUGGCAAAACUAUGCUUGCCAAGGCUGUAGCCAAUGAAGCUGGUGCUAGCUUCAUGAACAUCUCAAUGUCCACUAUUGUGUCGAAAUGGUAUGGCGAGGCUGAGAAGAGCAUCCGAGCGGUGUUCAGUCUAGCGGCAAAAAUCGCACCAGCCAUCAUUUUCGUGGACGAGGUGGACAGCAUGCUAGCGACACGGGAACGUUCAAACGAAAAUGAGGUGUCAAGGAGGAUCAAGAAUGAAUUCAUGACGCAUUGGGAUGGACUCUUGUCCAAACCCAAUGAAAGGAUUCUUGUGCUUGCUGCAACUAACAGACCUUUUGACCUUGAUGAUGCGAUAAUCAGGCGGUUCGAGCACAGGAUGAUGGUUGGCCUGCCAACUCUUGAGAGUAGAGAGCUUAUUAUGAAGAAGCUGUUGUCGAAAGAGAAGGUUAAAGAUAUUGACUUCAAGGAACUCGCGAAAAUGACUGAAGGAUACAGUGGCAGUGAUCUGAAGAAUCUUUGCGUGACGGCUGCUUAUCGCCCUGUCCGAGAGCUACUUCAGAAAGAAAAGGAAAUGAAGAAGGAUAAGAAGGCAAAGGAAGAAAAAGGGAAGAAGGUACAAGCUGAGAACCCGAAAAAUUCAGGAAGCGGGAAGGAAAAGCCAGAAAGCAGCAAAGCCAAUGAAGCCACAUCAGGGGGAAAAGGUGCCAAGGUCGAAACCAAAGAGACCGCUGUCCUCAGGCCGUUAACAAUGGAGGACCUGAAGCAGGCCAAGGAUGAAGUCUCCCCAAGCUUUUCUAUGGAAGGUGCUGUCAUGAACGAGAUGAGGCAGUGGAAUGAGCUCUAUGGCAAAGGCGGGUCGAGGAAGAAGCAGCCGCUGACAUACUUCCUCUAGUGAAGGAUUCAGAAUUUAUUUAUGUAUGUAAUAGAUGUAAGUUGGAUUUUGGUUGUCACCCUGGUGUUGUGCCGCCUCUGCUCUGUGCCGAGACAGUUGUUGUUCAAGUCGACCUGUGUACCUUAUAAUCCGUUGGAAACUUUGGUUAUUUAAUAAGUAUAAACAAGAUUAUGUAUAA